AUGAGAAAAGCUGCUGUUUGCCAUUUUCCUUCCUCUUUUAGCAAGUAUGUGCGUGUGUCUAAAUCCCUCAAUCGGAAGGAGGAGCAAUACAUUAAAGAGAGACAAGCGGUGGUGGAAAAAUGUCUGAAAGACAAUGGAAUUAAAUAUAAACAGAAACAUGUCCCUGUCAUUGCUGUCCUGGGCUCAGGAGGAGGUGAAAGGGCCAUGGUGGGACUGCUGGGCUCUUUGGCUCAGAUGGGAGAGGAGAAACUGCUGGACAGCAUCACCUAUUUGUGUGGAGUGUCAGGAUCCACUUGGUGCAUGGCAUCACUGUAUGAGGACCCCAAAUGGUCUAUAAAUGUAGCUGCUGACAAGAAAAAAAUUGUGGACAGACUUUCAAAUGGAAAAUUCAAUAUAUCAGACAUGCUGGAGUGGCUAAGUGAAGCUGUGAAAGAUGAGAAUUACUCACUGACAGAUUUUUGGGCUGCAACUGUUGUUUACAACAUCAUAAAAGAGAUAGAUAGACACCAUCUCUCAGAACAGCAAGACAGAGGCCCAACCAACCCAUAUCCCAUCUACACAGCCAUCGACAAGGGACUGUAUGAAGACCAUCAGACAUUAUCCUGUUGGUUUGAGAUCAGUCCUUAUGAAGCUGGUUAUUCCCAUGUGGGGGCCUAUGUGAUCACAUCCCUCUUCGGCAGCCAGUUUGAGGAAGGAGAGCUCAAAAAGGUUGUCAAAGAGGAAGACAUGUUGUACCUGCAAGGAAGCAACACAAACUAUCCAAGAGUUUGUGUUCUGCAAAAAAAUGAGUGGCUGAACUUGAAUGCAGAGGAGAGACAGAAACAUGUUGCACAUCUUUCCAUUGAAAUCUGCAAGGCCCUCAAGGGAUUGUUUGGUCCUUUGGAAGGAACUUCAGAAAUACUGCGGAAGACCAUAAUAGCUCUUUAUAACUGGACCUGGGGCACCAAAUUCAACUUCCUGUACAAGUACCCAGCAAAAGGCAAGAUAUAUUCAAACACCAACACAACAGAAAUGAUGCUCUCGGCCCGAAGAUCCUGUUUUCUCCAAGACCUGCGCUUACAGCCAGCCUUCCUGGCCUGCUUAGCGCCCUCAGACUCUUUUUCAGCACAUUCACAAACACAGCCACCCCACUAUUUUCUCCCAGGCAUCCCACCCCCUCUACUGUCAGAUGAAAAGCAAUAUUUUGAGGAUGCAGGAAUCCUGUUGAACUCUCCGUAUGUGGCUGCCUUACGGCCGGAGAGGAAGGUGGACCUCAUUCUUUCCUUUGACUUCAGCAGUGGUGAUCCCUUCCUGACAGUGAAGAAAGCUGCAGAUUACUGUAAAGAGGCUGGAAUACCAUUCCCCUCCGUGGUCAUAGAACCAGGAGAGGAAAAGAACCCUAAAGACUUCUAUGUGUUCAAAGAUGAAACAAAAGCACCCAUCGUCAUCUACAUUCCGCUCUUCAACACUGUCAACUGUGAAGAAAAGAUUGAGGAGUGGAGGAAGAGGUACAAAACUUUUCAGGAUCCAUACAGCAAGGAAAUGAUUGAGGACCUGCUGCUGGUGUCCAGUGGGAAUGUGAAGAACAACAAGGAGAAGAUCCUCAAUGAGAUCAAGGCAGCAUGUGCACGCUUGUCACGCCCGCCAACUCGGUAACAAGCAACACUGGGAGCCGAUCAGGGUCCGGGCACAUAAAAGGGCAGCCCAGACCAUAGGAAGCUGUGGAACCUCGUUCAGCCUCGCUACUUGUCCUGCUCCUCGUACUCGACUUCCUGGUUUGCCACGACUCCUUGCCUGUCUUCUGGAUUAUGUUUCUCGGAUUCUCUCUUCGGACUACGUUCGCACAUCGGUUUCUCUUGCCUGUCUCUUCGACCAUGUCUUCUGGAUUGCCCCUUGAACAGCCUUCCUGUGCUCCGCACUUGGUUCCGGCACACCCGCUCCGGGGAAACACCGUGACAACGCUAAUGCUUUAGAAGCUGCUUUUUCAUCGACUUCUUUUUGAAUCAUUUCUAAAUUAAUCAGCAUUUUAUUAUUUUCUAAUCAGAAAAAACGUUACAACCAUAUAUCAUUAAAUAUAAUCAAUCUCUAGC